GUUAUCGUUAUCAUAUUCUGACAGCAGAAUACCAGUUCACCCGGCUCGGGAAAAAACAUACUACGACAAUUAAUAUCAAAAAGACAGAAGAAUUCGACAUUUUCGUGGAAAGGAAGUCACCAAAUCUACUCAAACUUCCCCGGGUGAUCUCAACAAUGAAUCCCGAAUAUGACUAUCUGUUUAAACUGCUGCUGAUCGGAGACUCGGGGGUUGGCAAGUCUUGCCUUCUCCUCCGUUUUGCAGACGACAUGUACACCGAAAGCUAUAUCAGCACGAUCGGCGUGGACUUCAAAAUCAGAACAAUAGAUCUGGAUGGCAAGACCAUCAAACUGCAGAUUUGGGACACGGCAGGCCAGGAGCGCUUCCGUACCAUCACCUCCAGCUACUACCGGGGAGCCCACGGAAUCAUCGUGGUUUAUGACGUCACAGACCAGGAGACCUUUACCAACGUGAAGCAGUGGCUUCAGGAGAUAGACCGUUACGCCAGCAAGAAUGUGAACAAGCUCCUUGUGGGGAACAAGAGCGACCUGACCAACAAGAAGGUCGUGAACAACAAAACGGCACAGGAUUUUGCAGACUCACUGGACAUCCCGUUCCUCGAGGCGAGUGCUAAGAACUCCAUAAACGUGGAGCAGGCCUUCAUGACCAUGGCAGCAGAGAUCAAGAAGAGAAUGGGUCCAGGUGACGGCACCGGAGGCAAUGACAAAUCCAAAGUCAAGAUCAAGAGCACGCCAGUCAAAAGCUCCACCAGGGGGUGCUGCUGAGGCUUUAUCAGCUUCUCAAACACACACACACCCAAGAGAAUAAUAGUGAUGUUGCAUAGCACUAUAUGACAGAGUUGAUGGACAAGGAAUGUACGUGUGUGUGUGUGUGUGUGUGUGUGUGUGUGUGUGUGUAAAUGAGGCAGAAUGGGUGUAAAAUGUAAAUGAGCGUAAAGUAAAUGAGACUGAAUGGGUGACCUUAUCUUUAGAAUGAUGAGCAUUGUCUGACGCUAUCAUGCAUGCACGUUUCCAACGUUUCCUGUCCAUGUAAGACGGGGCUACCAUUUUUUUCAAGACUGGGAGAAAUUACUAAGCAUCUUGACUGUCUUACACGCUUGGGAAGCAAUCAGGUGACAGAACUGUACAGGCUGCCCGUCACAGCUGGGCAGCUGGGUAGAAGCAUGGAGAGGGGAACGGUGGUAUAAUGGAGACCGCAUGGAGCGUGCUGGGACACUUUCCACUCAUUCUCUUUCUCUCCCUGCAGCUGCAGUGGUGGUUUGUCUCUUCCAUUUGAGAGGUGGCUUUUGUCUUUUGGCUGGAUUUGUUUUUGUUUCAGGGUGUUUUUCAUGGUGCGGAGGAUGGCUCAGUGGUGUGGGGACAUGCAGUCAAGCUUCUGAACUGUCUAGAUAUGCUUCCCAGUGACACUCCUGGCAUGGGUCAGUGUUUCAUGAUUGGCUAACCAGCCCCAUCAGCCGUGCGUGGCUGUGGAUGCUGGCGCAGUGUGGGUCGCCCCAGGACAAGAACUCGACCUCGCUGCUGUCGUGUCUGGAUUCUCCACCCCACCGCUCACCUGGACCAGGUGACUAGAAGCUAGCGAAGGCUGACUGUGUGACUAACGCUCGUCAGAAGCCAUAAUGAGAAGAAUCAGUAAAUCAAACGAAUGAUGUGUUGGGUGUAGGGACCUGCAGGCUGGGCUGAGAACUUCGACCGCUGCACUGCCUCGGGAAGCCAGUUUUCUUAAGAAGCCAUUAAUCUGUGUUGUGAAUUACACGCCUCUCAACUCGUCCCAACAGAGUUUAACAUGUUAUUCACAUUCCUGUCCCUGUAUUAUGAAACCUAGAACAUUUAUUGGUGUGAGCCAGUUGUUUGGUUUUCUCAUGGAUCGGCCUUACAUAUACUGUAUUUAACUGCAAAUCUCAUUUUCCAAAAUUAAGUUUGUCUGUAUUAAUCAGUAAACCUUUAAAGGUG